CGCAUUGCCAUCGCAAGUGGAAAAGCGGAAUGAAUUAUUCACCGCUGAUGUGUACAGCGCUGUGUGCAAGGGUGCUCGUCCGGUGACAAAGUAUCGCGAUUUACGUUUAAUCGCGAUUUGCAAUUCGUCCCUUCCGCAAUUCGCUGAUCGAUUCAAUCCCCUAAAUUGGAAUAUUUCGAAGUCAGCUUGAUGAGAAGUCGCGAAAAGCUGGGAUUGCGCCUCCGCGUGUCAGCAGCGAGUAAGUAAUCCUGGUGUGAGGCAACUUGAUAAUCUUUGGGAGAAGCGCUCCCUCGAGAAGGCGCGGCCGUCACGUUUGCAUGAUAAUCGCAGGGAGUGUGGAUUGAAAUAAAACGAAAUUAUUGUCCCCCAGGGGGUGGUCGAGCCCAGUGUGGAUAACAAAUAUGGCGGAUUGGUGUGCUUUAGAGAGGGUGAAUAGCCGGUGAAACAUGACAAUAUUUAUGGUAAUGGCGUCGUCGGGUCAGCAAGCUCCUAGCGGAGAUCGGAGAUUGGAGUGAGUCUGGGGGUGUGACCUAGCCCCCACGCGAUUCCCCUCGCUCCUCUGGACACUCCGUCGUGCCUCUCCUUGACAAACGUUUGACUUCUGGCACGAUAAAUGCUGGCUAUCGCCACCUCGGAUUUCCACCUUCGUGAUAAUGUUCGACACCGGAUGCCAGUGGGAGUGAAGUUUCGGGGCGACGGGGGUGUAACGUAUUGGUGUCGCGUCGGUGGUGGGGUACAGUGAACAGGGAAGACUGCGGCUUCAGAAGGAUGGAGAAGGAUCGUCACUACCGGGCGUACGAGGGCCUGAAAGCCGCAAACAACGGCAACACGUCGUCCCUCAAGCGCACGAGCACAACUUCCAAAGCGCAGACUAGGCAGAUCAGGUGUCUGUGCUUCGGGGGUGUGCCGGACAAGGCGAGCCAUCACUCGUUUUUCAAGGGGUUUAUGAUUAAUCUGGGGAUUUGCGCGCUUCUUGUGGCCUACACGCUUCUCGGGAGCUUCAUCUUUUUGGCUAUUGAGGGCGGCGCCGAUGGCGGACUGCAGCAGAGGACUCUGGCCACCACUAUUGCUAAUAGCAAUCAGCCCGCUCAUCGGAAUACUACGGCCUGGCUGAAUAAGGUGAAUCGAGAUGCUCGGGAACAAACAGUGGAGAGUAUCUGGGGGAUAACGGAACAGCUCAAUAUCCUCUAUCGUGAGAAUUGGACGCGUCUCGCUGAGCAAGAGAUAGCGAGAUUUCAGGAUAAACUUGUGAAAAAAAUAACUGAAAAUAUAAUGGCCAGUCAGCAGACAGUUACAUACACUGGUGCCAAUGCAGAUGGACCGACUAGUGAGCGCAAAGUGCCGGAUUACGAGUGGAAUUUCGCUAAGGCAUUCCUCUACUCGCUCACUGUGCUCACCACAAUCGGAUACGGUAGCAUAGCGCCUCGUUCAACUUGGGGGAAAAUAGCAACUAUGGGCUACGCGACACUUGGAAUACCUCUUACUCUCGUAUACCUGUCGAGUGCAGGUGGACUAUUAUCUCGUUGUGCUCGCGGUGUGUUCACACGCGCAUUGUGCUGCUGUCUCUGUUCAAACUGCGGCUAUUGUUGCUACGACGAGAGGCGGAUGCAGGAGAAAGAGAGGCGAAUGCGAAGGAAGAGACAGCAGGAGGAAAUGAAUCAACAGCAACAGCAACAGCUUGCACUGCAGGAGCCAUUUUACGUACGAGCCAAUGCCUCGACGUAUCCGAGCUCAGUUGAAAUAAAGGCAAGCCCGAAGGACGAAGUGUCGAGUCUUGGGUCCGGAGAUAGACCAAAUGUUACUAUUCUCGCGCCAAUUAGCAUUUGUCUGGGUGCUAUGCUGUGUUAUAUAGUAGCCGGUGCUUUUACGCUAUACAAACUCGAGGGAUGGAACUUCAUUGAUGCCAGUUACUUCUGCUUCAUGAGUCUGAGCACCAUAGGCUUUGGUGACAUGGUGCCAGGUUCCUACCCCCAGAAUAAUUUCACGGAAUCCACCAACAUAACAAUAUGGUUUUGCUCGUGCUACAUAAUGUCGGGUAUGGCACUGACAGCAAUGUGCUUCAACAUUCUUCACGACGAAAUUGUCCAUCGUCUAGCCCAUCAGAGUGAGAAACACGACUCAGUUAAGCCAAGUGUUAGCGUUGACGAGCUUUCGGGGGAUCCAAAUGUUACCGAAGAGACACUGUGUGGUGAGCCACCAGUUAGUAUUUUUGCCCAUGAAAAUGAAAUGAAUAUACUGAAGGAUAGUUAUAAUCAGGUGGACGUCACGAGGGAUUGUAAGCCCAUCAUCAAGCUGGAAGAUCAUCUGGUUGGGCCAAUGUCAGCGGUUUAUACACUACCUGAGGUGGAUGAGGAGGCUGAGGAGAACACGGAAAUGUGAAUCGCUCCCACUGGACAUUGAUACUGAGGGCAUUGAUGUUGAACCUUACUAACAACUUGGGUGGGAAAAGUUUUGGCGCAGCGAGACUCAUGUAUAACGUACUCAAAAGUUUGAGAUUGAGCCAUUGGGUGCUGUAUACAUCGGGUCGAUAUAUCGGAAGAAUCUCACUCCCUGGGGGGGAGCCUGGACUUUUCUAAUAUGUCGAACUAGUGUCGGCUCAUGACAGCUGACAGGCAUACCACUGCCAAAUGUUGGAAAAUUAAAAAUAAAAUCAAUAUUUCUACUUGCUUGUCUAGAUAGGAACACUCACAAUGGUUUCUUUUGUAUUUCUGUAAAACUUCGUCCCGUCAGAAGAUUAUUCACAUUCUUGUCUGUAUUAUAAUGAAGAGGUAAGAUUUUACGGUGGGAAAUCGGAGUCGUUGAAUGUCGACUCGUUAAUUUGUUGUCCUUGUCGUGUUGACUAACGAUUGGAGAAAAUUUAUGCUCAAGAACAAUAACUAAGAGUAACUUUACAGGUAAAUAUAGAGAGACUAAGAAUGUUGCGUUUAGAAGGACUAUCCGAGAUGUUUUAACAUUAAUAUUCACUUCAGAGGUAUGAAAAGGAGUAAUGAAUAGUCGUAGGGGAAGACGAUCCUCGCACAUUUGUCAAUGGCCAUUGGAAUUCGGUGGAUUAAUCAUUGAACAGCUGUUACUUCUGUGACAACGUGCAAAGGUCGCCUUAAGGGGAUUACCAUUGCGAUUUAAUGGAGGAAUAAUAUGUAGGGGUAGAAUCCUUUUUUCGUUUUUAACAUAUCAUAACAUAAGUUGAGAUGCGAGCGCUGAUCGUGACAUUAUGAACAAUAUGAUGGCAUUUAAAUCGUCAUUUUGAGAACAUGCUCGAACAAUCACUGAAGGUAAAGCGUUACAAUUUUGGAAAUACAGUGAUACGAGGUGAAAUUAAUUUGUCAAUCGUGACGGAGGAAUCGAUGAAUUUGCGAGGGAACUGCAAAUAUCUAGACACGCACUUCAUUAAAGUUCCAUAACGAUUCCCGAUGAGAAUUCAAGUGCCUCCCUUACCAACGAUGUCGUUUUUCUUUCUAUCUUCUCUAUCUCCAUUCAUUCGUUCAUUCGGUUUCUCUGUCUCUCUUCAUUUCUCAUUCUGUGAGACUCAAACCUUCAUCCCGACUCUCUGGGGAAAUAUCAUGGAAUCGCGCGACUGGGACAUUACGAACCGCACGAUACUGUACCCAGCGCAGGCUGUGUUCUGAGAGAAAGAAAAAAAUUCUAUGAAAGUUAAAUGCCUUGGGAGAUAUUUCUCUUAUGCCGCACAGCCAAUCGGGAUCGAUUCCGAUUUUAAUGAUGUAUAUUUUCGAAUGAGAUUGAUAGACGACGUAUUGUAUUUGAUGCCCUGCGGUUUUGGGGGAGGACAUUUUUGGAGGGGUGGUAGAGAACUUGCAACGAUUUUUCAUUCUUUCCUUUUAUCUCGAGUUCUCGAACCGAACGAGAUUCUUUGGUUGGAAAAUGUUGACAAAUUGGCCAUUUACGAGUGGUUAAGGACAUGCGAGGGUUUUUUUGGGUUCGUAGGCAACACGCGUUCUCGGCUGAAAUUUGUUGUGCAUUUUUUGGAAAUAUAUUCAUCAAGUGAUAGUGCCAUUGAAAUUUUACGGAGUUGCGGCAUUUAAAUUCCGAAAAACACCCAACACCAUGAAUCUGCCCCGAAUAAUGCAUCAGCCCGCAGAAGAGCAGAAAAAUGAGCUUCAUGCGAGCCUCCUCUUACGUCCUCUAAAUCCUGCAUCCUACGUUUCAAUCAGCACACUGUUCAUUUCCGAGGCGACACGACGUUGCAUGUAAUCACGAAUUAAUAGUAUUUUUAUUGCACCGUUAAUGCCACACCGAAUGAUUGGACACUGACGGUCAUACAUAUUCAAGACACAAUAUCGCGUCACUCCCAACCGCGUCUAUAACGGAGGUCAGUAAGAAUCCCAAUGCAACGAGUACUUGUGAGAACGGCAGAUUACGAAAUGUUUCAAAAGAUAAUAUUUCUCCAAGUACUGGAACCUACUCAAUAAAUGUUUUCUUGUACAUAAAACAGAGGCACUUUGUAUAAUAAAAAUAUAAGUAAUAAAUUUAAGACUUAUCUCAUGCAUUCAAUUCAUGUAAAUACAGAAUGUAUAACACGUCCUGGUAGUGGUAUGUAAUAUCGUUGAUGAAAACAGAAGUAAAAAGAGAAAAAUUUUAUGAAUUACGACCACUGCAUCGUCUUCGUACAUCCUAGGUGAAAGAUAAAUAUUUAAAGAAUAAGCAGAACAAUUGUGACGAAAGGAGCCGGUGAUCUGGGAAAUCCACUGUAAAAUUUGUCCCGCAGCGAAAAAAAAAUGUACAUAAUACGUGAGGGAUGCAAAAAAUACGGUCACUGUAAAAUAUUCAUCACUAAAACGCGACACUGAGUAUAAUCGUCUGUAUAAUCAA